CUUGCAGUGCCUGGAGACUUGGGUAACCAGUUGGAAGCAAAGUUGGACAAGCCGAGUGUAGUGCAUUACCUGUGUUCCAAGAAGACUGAUGAUUACUUUACACUGUGGCUGAACCUGGAAUUGCUUCUGCCUCUUGUCAUCGACUGCUGGGUUGAUAAUAUCAGGCUGAUUUAUAAUCACACCACUAAGACAACAGAGUCCCCAGAUGGCGUGGACAUCCAGAUACCUGGUUUUGGAAAGACCUUUUCCUUGGAAUACCUUGAUCCUGGCAACUGGAGUGUAGGAACCUACUUUUUCACAAUGGUUAACCACCUUGUGAGCUGGGGCUACACAAGAGAUGAAGAUGUUCGUGGAGCACCUUAUGACUGGAGGAAAGCACCAAAUGAGAACGGUCCUUAUUUCCAGGCUGUGCAGAAGAUGAUAGAGAUGAUGUAUGAAAAGUAUGGAGGGCCAGUAGUCCUAAUUGCCCAUAGCAUGGGCAAUCUGUACACACUCUACUUCCUCAACCAACAACCUCAGGCCUGGAAGGACAAGUAUAUUAAGGCAUUUGUGUCACUUGGUGCCCCUUGGGGAGGAGUGGCAAAGACCUUCAGAGUUCUUGCUUCAGGAGAUAAUAAUCGUAUUCCAGUAAUCAGCACACUGAAAAUCCGAACACAGCAGCGUACAGCAGUGAGUACCAACUGGCUUCUGCCCUACAAUAACACUUGGCCAUUAGAUAAGGUCUUCUUGUCCACUCCAACAACCAACUACACUGUUCAAGACUACCAGAAAUUCUACCAAGACUUACAUUUUGAAGAUGGCUGGUUUAUGAGACAAAACACCGAAUCUUUGGUGUACCAGUUGACUCCACCUGGUGUGGCAAUACACUGUCUUUAUGGCACAGGUGUGGCUACACCUGAAUUCUUCUAUUAUGAUUCCUUUCCUGAUAAAGAACCCAAGACUUUUGAUGGAGAGGGUGAUGGCACUGUGAAUCUUGUAAGUGCUUUGCAGUGCAGGAGGUGGAUAAACAAGCAAAAGCAGGCUGUAAAGAUGCUGGAACUACCAGGAAAUGAACAUAUACAGAUGCUUUCCAAUGUGACAGUAAUUGAUUAUAUUAAGAGCAUUCUCUUUAACUUGUAGAUGUAUCUGUAGUGCCAUUCUUAGACUUCACUUAUCAGGAGCAGUGUUACCAAUGUGUUGGCAGUGCACAGAAAAAUGAACACACUUUGGGGGAGGAAGGUUGGAGGGGGGAUACUAAUUUUGUUGCACUGUGUGCUGGCUGUAGUCUGUACUGAAGUAUGCAGUCCAUUUAUUGCAGCAGUGACACACUGGAAGCAUCUGUUUUAUAAUGAGGCCAUGCCAAGAGGAUGUGGAAGAGCAAGUAGGUAUUGUUUGCACAUACCAAGGAAAGAAUAUGGAGAGUAUGUAUGUACACUGCUGCUAGAAAAGUGUAGACAGACGCAUCUGUUUUCAUUGCACUGGCCAUUCAAGGUGUCCUUCAUUGUCCAGGAUUUCAAGUCAGUGCAUCACAAAGCUGGUAUCUGUAUUACUAACUGCAUUUCCUAUUACUUUUCUGAUGAAUGUCCUGCGUCUUUGUUGGUACUGUUUACGUUUGACAUCCCAUAAACAAACACUGUGUGCCUUAUCUCUGAUUGUUCCAGAGGAAUUGAUAAAAAUAAAUAAAUGUGUCCAUAAUUGA